AGAAGAAGAAGAAAAAGCUGCCCAAUACCGUCACAGGAUUAAUUUUAUCCUGGAUGUUUAACCUGGUACGGAGAGGCUAGCUGCAGAGGAUCAAUCAGUCACCAGUGAUCACUUGCCCAGGAUCAAUUUGACCUAUUUUCGUGGAUUUCAUUUGAGGCUUAAUAUAUCCAGGAUGACCAAUAUUUACAGACUUAAUCCCUUAUCCUGGUGUUGUGCAUUACCCAUCUGGAUAAAUGCGCAGACGCGGCUUGACUUUCUUGUGUGAGUUGGUUGCGUGUUUGCCGAGCCGGGAUGAAGUGUCGCGGUUUACAGAGAACCCAGAGGUGCGGAUGUUUGGAAUAAGUGUGCGCCCCUGCAUUUUCAAGAAAUCCACGAGAUCGAUCACAUAAUUAACGCCCGAACAAUGGAAAUCGGACGCGCGUCUUCUUUUACUCCUGCGGAGCAAGAGCUGCUUCUUCGGCAUUAUGAAGAACUGAAAGCCUGUAUACGCCAAAAAGGAAACACAAUUGUUGCUAAAAAGGCGAGGCAAAAAGCCUGGCAAAUAAUAGCGGACCGCCUUAAUGCAGCAAACUUGUCAGGCCAGAGAAGGACCUGGAAACAGGUGAAAACCAAAUACAAAAAUAUUCUGCAGACUGCAGUCAAGAAAAAAGCACUCUGCAGAGGGCUGGUGGGUGACCAACCCGCCCAAGAUCUGACACCAGCAGAGGAGCUGGCUGCAGAAUUCAGUAACCGGAGGCCAGUGAUCGAGGGGAUCCAGGAAGUGUCUUGGGACAGAGUUGUGAAAACGGAGGACGGUGUAGUGAAAAUUGAGCCCCCAGACAACGAUCCAUAUACGCAAGAGGAAGCCACUUUUGCAGCUGUGGAGUGUACCUCUGCUGAAGAGGAAACACUGUCUAUGGACUCUAGAAGGCUUGAGGAUGUAGCGACUGCACAGCAGCAAAAGGAAGCUUGUAACAUUAAUUCACAAACCAUCAGAAUACAGUACGCACAACAUCUGCACAAACAGACUGAACUGGCAGAACUCCAAAUCCAGAGGGAAAAACGAAAUCUAGAAGUGAUUGAGCUUGAUGUUGAAAUAAAAAAGAGGACUCUAAGGAAACUGGAUCUUGAGAUCCAAAAACUUGAACAUGAGGUGAAUAUUGCACUCUGUAACCAUGUUUGAUUUCAUGUGUUAAUCCUUGUGACUUUUGCACACUCUUCUGUACACUGAAAGCUGAGGACUGAUGACAAUGAAAU